UUUUUCUCAAAAAUAAAAAUUGUGGUUUAAUGAAUGGGCCCCUAAGUGUAAGGGAUUUCAGUUUUAUCCAUUUGCCUUCCAUGACAAGCAGGCCCUAGAGCCUAGACCCUCAAAGUUUGUUUGUAAACAUCCUGUAACUAGGAUGAAACACAGUAGUAGUCACUGCAGACUAUGAAAUAUUUCAUUUCCAGUAACAUGUAAUAUUUGAUGGUAUCCUUUAGCCAAACCUUAAACCAUGUGACCAGCCUAAGAAAGUCUUGCUCAGCUGCAGCAUCUGACUUCAGAUCUCCCCUAAUGUUGCUUCCUCCUUCCACUUUGGUCCAAAUUUCAUCCAUGAAGUUAAGGAUGGAUAUAAGGCUAAGAUAUUAAUGCUAAACCUCACGUUAGGAAGCAUUUUAAUAAAUAUAGAUGUUUUCAAAAGAACCCAGGAUACUUCCCAUAGUAAUAGGGUUACAAUGCUUACCAACAAAACCAAACCUUCUUUUAGGUAGUUAAAUGUUAUACUUAUCUAUUUCUUAUCUAAAACUUUUGUCCUUUCUUCAUCUUUAUGACAAUUACAACCUGAACUGCAUCUUUGUUUUAUAAUAUUUAUUUGAAUUUCUGCUCUUUCAAAACAUUCCCUUAUCUUUAGAAUUGUCAUCCGACAGACUUCCGGUAAAAAAAAUCUUCCACGUUCAGCUACUCCCCUUCCUGUGAUAUCACAUUGUCCAAUAAGCACAGAUCAGACCUGUGCUGGCUCCCACCUCUUUAAAGCCACAAGCUCCUCUGCCGGGGAACACAGAAAUGUGGUUCCAGUGGUACAAAUGUAUUUUCCCAGUGUAUCUUCAGGAGGCAGUUGCUAAACCCAUUAGCUGUUGCUAAGUGGCAAUCCUAUCCCUAGAAUAAAUAUUGUUUGCUGGUCAUAAAUUCCUGCAAACGCUUCUUUAUUUCAUCCUGGGCAACGGAGUUACUAAUCCUGUAGCCUGCCUCCUUGCUUAGCUGUCCAUCUGUCACCCUGCCCUCCUCUAAUUCUGAUUGGAUGUGCUGCCAGAACCUGUGUGAGUGACAUGAUGCACACUGGGUUCUCCGUUAGCUGAAUGGAAACGUUUUCUCCCCCUCCUUCCCCUCCCUGUUGGAUAACAGAAAAGCCUCAUAAUAGCUUCCUUGACUUUCGUUGGCACAACUUUUCUCGUCAUGUUGAACAAUGGCAGCUACAGACUCCAAAUGGUAAAAGCAAGCCUAGUUUGCUGGCACAAGGUUCCUGGGUUAUGACGACUAUCGGCAAAGGCAACAUCAAAGCCUUGAAGGUGAAGCGAGAGCCAGGGGAGAAUGGCACAAGCCUUACAGAUGAAGAACUAGUAACAAUGUCUGUCCGUGAACUAAACCAGCAUCUCCGUGGUCUCUCCAAGGAGGAGAUUAUUCAGCUAAAACAGCGCCGGCGCACACUAAAGAACCGCGGCUAUGCAGCUAGCUGCCGAGUUAAACGUGUGACCCAAAAAGAGGAGCUGGAAAAACAAAAGGCUGAAUUGCAGCAGGAGGUGGAAAAACUUGCAUCUGAAAAUGCCAGUAUUCGACUGGAGCUGGACUCAUUGCGCUCAAAGUAUGAAGCACUGCAAAACUUUGCCAGGACUGUAGCACGCAGCCCUAUUAAUACUCCGCUUGGGCAAUUCACACUAGGCAAUAGGCCCUUCAUAACGAGUAAAAUGGCCGCAACUAGUGUCAUUACCAUAGUGAAAUCCAAAACAGAUGCAAGAUCAUAAGUGUAUAACAGAUAGGAAGGACUGCUCCAAAGCACAAGCACUUCAUGAUCAAGAGCAUUGGUUUAAGAAGAGGCAGUAAAUUUCUUAAUUGGUUAACGGGAGAAUAUAGCAGUCAUGGGGUCAGUUUACAGUGAGCGAAACUGGAGAUCUCUUUGUAAAAAGAGGAAGGAACUGAGCUGCCUGUGAGAAUCCAUGUGGCCCAGUUGGUGGGUUUCCUCACAUGAACCGCUUGCUUUAAUUCUUUCCACAACAUUUCAAUUGGAUUAAGGUCAGGACUUUCACUUGGCCAUUCCAGAACAUUCACUUUAUUCUUCUUUAACCAUUCUUUGGUAGAACAACAUGUGUGUUUAAGAUUGUUCCUUGCUGCAUGAACCACUGUCUUUUGAGAUUCAGUUCAGGGACAAAUGUCUUUACAUUUUCCUUUAGAAUUCUCUGACGUAGUUCAGAAUUCAUUGUUCCAUCAAUGAUGGAAAGCUGUCCAGGCCGAGAUGCAGCAAAACAGGCCCAAACAGGACACUUCCACCACCAUGUUUUACAGAUGGGAUAAGGUUCUUAUGUUGGAAUGCAGUGUUUUUCUUUCUCAAAAUGUAACUCUCCUUAUUUAAGCCGAACAGUUCUAUUUUGGCUUCAUUCUUACAACAAACAUUCCUUCAGUUUCCUUUUGGUUUGUCCACAUGAUCUUUAGCAAACUGUAGAUAAUACAGCAAUAUUUUUGGGGAGAGCAGUAGCUUUCGAUUUUGCUAACCUGCCAAACACACCAUUGCUGUUCAGUGUUAUCCUGAUGUGGACAGGACUCAUGCACAUCAAUAUUUGCCAAUGUGAUACAGGCCUUCAGUUGCUUAGAAGUUACCCAGGGUUCCUUUGAAACCUCUUAGGCUAUUAGACACCUUGCAGUUGGAGUUAUCUUUGAUAUUCCACCACUUCUCGGUAGGGUAACAACGGCCUUGAAUUUCUUUCAUUUGUACAAAUCUGUCUGACUGCUGAUUGGUGGAGUCUAAUAACCUUUUCCAGUUUUAUGAGCAUCAACAACUCUUUUUCUGAGGUCCUCAGACACCUCCUUUGUUCGAGCCAUGAUACACAUCAACAAAAGUGUUGUAUGUGUGAUCAGGCUUUGCUAGAUCCAUAUUCAUAAAAUAAAACAGGGCCUCUCACUCUCACUGAUUGUCACCCCAUUGACUAAAAACACCAGACUCUGAUUCCACUUUCAAAUGAUAUGAUAAAGCUAAGGAUUGACUUAAUUUUGCCACACACAGUUUAUGUUAUUGGAUCAUUUUUUUUCCAAUAAAUACAUGACCAAAUAGGUUUAUUUGUUUAACUAGGUUUUCUUUUUCUACUUAAAGGACUGUUUGAAAAUCAGUUGAUGUUACCUUCAUAUAAAAACAUAGAAAACUGUAAAGGGUUCACAAACUUUCGAGAACUACCAUAUGUGUCCAUAAGCUUAAGCUUGGUCUUUUACAAGUAGAAGAAUCAAAAUUGACUGUAUUUGAGUUUCCUGUUAAUUUGUGCUGAUUGUGGUGUUUUAGCGUGUUUUAUAUGAGGUAUGUGGCGCUGUGCAUUUUGAUGUGGCUGUACUUGUGUUGUGGUAGAUCAUUUGAAGGAUUAUAAAAGUAAUGCUACUUUUCCAAGUUGGUGUUGUGUUUUGACAUCAGUGUUCACACUGUUGUAUUAUCAGUCAAGGUUGGAGGUAGUGUAUGUGACUUCUUAUGAAUAUUUUGUACUGUAAGACUGUUCUGCUGCUUGUGUGCUGGUACAAUUAUUUAUUUUUUUGUGAUAUCAUAUGUGCCGUCAGUCUCUUGGCAUUAUGUUUUGUUGUGAAUGGCUUUUGUGUAUGGCCCAGUGAGUUCUCUUAAUGCCAGAUAGUGCUGCUUUUGGGGUACUAUUGUGACUAUUUUUGGUGUGUGUGUGUUGGAUGCAGCUUCUAUAGUGUAUCUCUGCCAAAUUGUAGCUUGCAUGCUGAAUCCUAGAUCUUCUUAGGGUAUAUAUUUCCUAAGUGAUAAAAAGAGAUUGAUCAUUCAGUGUUACUUGCAAACUAAUACAAGGACAAGGAAAGUCACAACUCUCUUUGUGAUGUUUCAAAAAAAGUAGUGACAUUUACUGCCCCUAUAUUUAAUGUAGACAGCAAAUACUUCCAUUUCCCCAGGUGUUAGAUUCAGCCCCUUAUUUUGUUUUUAAUUUAUUUAAGAUUAAAGUGCAUUGUGUGAAGAUCCAAAGGAUUAUAUUUUCCACAUCAUUUCAGAAUUUAAUUCAGACUAAAGGUGGCCAUAUAUGGGCCGAUUCUAGCUACCGAUAUCAGUCAUUUAGACCGAUUCGCCAGC